AAGGCAGAUUUACUUUGUUGUGAAACGUCAUAUGGGAGAAGAAGCGCGCGACAGUAAUCAGCAUGUGGUACGCACCUUAUCGGCUGCGGACUCUGCAUACCGGUUGAUCAACGCCGCUACUAUCUCGACGAUUCAAGAAGGGAAUUCCCCGGAAUUUUAUGUUUGGAUCAUCGCUGCGCGAGUUGUUGCACAUCGAGCCAAAACCGUUUGGGAGAUCAGUCUACUGUCGAUCAUGAGAGGGUUUGUAUUUGUCCAUUUGGCGUUGGCGUUGAUUUCGUUCGGCUCUCAGUCAGCGGAAGCUGCGGGAAACUGCGGAGAAAAGAAGACGGUUGCGCAACAGCUGAUUGCCAAUGGGUACAAAGCGUUGGCCGGUUCGUGGCCUUGGCAUGGUGCCAUGUUUCAUCGAUACAGAAAAGGUGCGACUGUCUAUGUUUGUGGAGUGACGAUUAUGACGGAACAGUUUGUGAUAACAGCAGCUCAUUGUACGAUUGAUCCGAAUGAAAGACAAAAACUCUCGGCAAACCGUGUGUUUAUAAAAGUGGGCUUAAGCAAUCUAAAUUCACCGGAGAGCCAUGUACAACAACACGACGUUGACCUGAUCAUACGUCACGAAGAGUAUGACGUAGUCACCUUCGAAAAUGACAUCGCGUUGCUGAAGUUGUACAGUGAAAUCACCUACAAUAAUUACAUACAACCCAUUUGCCUAUGGCAGGGUGAUACUCAGUUGAGCAAAAUAGUCUCACAAGUAGGAUACAUAGUAGGGUGGGGGCUAAACGAGGACUACAAACUGCCACAAGAUUUGAACGAGGCAACGGCUCCGAUUGUGUCCCGCAGGGAGUGCAUUGAGAGUGAUAGGAAUCAUUUCAGCAAGUUUUACUUCGAGUCCAAAACGUUCUGUGCUGGUUAUCGCAAUGGAACUCAUGCCGCCCAAGGAGACAGUGGAGGUGGAUUAUUCUUGCGGAUGGGCUCGACCUGGGUUCUACGCGGAAUAGUCAGUAACACUUAAGCUAGCCCAGAUACUCUCACCGUGGCAGCAGAUAGCUAUGUUAUUUUUACUGAUGUUGCAUUCUACAUGAGCUGGAUCAAAUCCAAAGUAACAAUCAUGACCAGUUUCACCAUUGACAUAGAACCAAUCAUAGAACCUCCAGGAACAACUUCACUAGCUGGCUCUGACAGUCAAGCCAACCUGCUAGGUAUUGCAAACUGUGGUAAGGAUACCUAUCCGUCGGGCACACCGGAAGAAGUGAAAGGAUACCUAAAUCAGUACCCUUGGCUGGCCGUAGUCGAAUACAUCAACAUGAACACCCGUGUCCUGGAGGAUGUUUGCCACGGAGUUUUGAUUCAUCCCAGUUUCCUCGUUACUGCCGCCCAUUGCGUUCAGAAAAAGCGACUUUCCGUCAUCCGAUCGGUACGACUCAACGAUUACCGUUUGGAUACAGUGACGGACAUUUUCAAAAUCGAUGGCAAAACCAUUUCAACUACAGCGACGAGAAUCCCCGUUCGUGGCAUAUCUAUACAUCCGGACUACGAUACUCCCAAGUUUGCGAACAGUAUUGCGCUGAUCAAGCUAGAUAAACCAACUACCACAACGCCAAUCUGCCUUGCCCCGAGAGAUGCAACCGACCUUCCCAGAGACAAAAAGUUCACCAUCAUCGGUUGGAAGCGUAGCAACCGCCCGGAGAAACCGAUGAUCCGAAACGUGGUCCAGUUGGCCAGCUUUGCAGACUGUCGGAGCAAAUACGCCGGCGAAAAGCUUGUGCUGGAUUCAAGCGGAGGGCAAGUUUGCAGCACCUACUCGCACGAUGACGAUAGUUCAAGUUGUUCGCACUACCUGGGUUCGGCACCGUUCCAGUACGUGAAGAACGGACCGUUCGAGGGACGGUACUUCCUGGCGGCUAUAUCAUCGUUCGGUCAUAGCAACUGCAAGCGCGAUGAAUACCCGGAUGUGUUCACCAAUGUGGCGCACUAUUCGGACUGGUUGUACGAGAAGGUCAAACAGAAUGAGUGAUAGCGUGGGCUGUGGUUCAUGUAGUUGCGCAUCACACUAUUCGACUAAAAUAAGUAAGACAAACGUACUUUCUUGAUUCAUUUUUAGAUAUGUUUGAUGUAGAGGCUUCAAAACUACAUAUUUUGGCACAGUAUUGUGCCAUCUUUUAAAUCAUUUAUGUUUUUAAAUUAUUUAUUGUGUUUUAUCUGUAACAUAAUUCUAACUUGAUCGUACAGGCUCUUAGUUAAAGAGUAAGCCGUUACAGAACAUCAAGCAUAUUAAAAAAAGAAACAAGAAAGUUACACUGAAAAAAAAAAACGGUUUGAAGAGGUUGUUUUUCAUUUGAAAAAGAAAAGAAAAUCAAGAAAUCCGCGUGAUCCCGUUCUGUUUUAGCUUUGCAAAAAAUCAGCUGCUAAUAUUUGCUUCUUUAAAAGUUGCAAGAUUUUGAAAUUUGUGCUUGAAAAAUAAUAAUAAAAUGAAUUUGAGUGUUGAGAUAGAAAAUUGUAGCCUUCGGAAAAGAUUUGCAUUUUUAAAGUAUUUACAACAUUGUUAAACAUUGUGAAACAAAAAAAAAUGAAUAAAAAAAAAUAUGUUGAAAAAAAUCUUUUCAAGCGCUGGUAUAACACUAUAUGCUUCUAUUGGUGCACAGACCUUUGUAAGGUUUGGAGAAUUUUCUCGUCUUCGGAAAAGUUUUUCAAAAUGGCUUCAUUCGAAUGGCAUCAUUAUCGAUUUUGGAAAUUAAUGUUUGUUAACACCUUCCAAAAGUACAAAAAAUAACUAUGAAACACUUCCGAAGACACCGAAUGGCUAUCAAUUGUUUUGCCGCAAAACCCAAUAUCCCACUUUUUUUUUGAAUUUGCCCCACUGGCUGUGCUGUGAUGGCAGCUUGACAAUGUGUGUUUGAAAAAUCAGCUUGAAUUAUAAGCUUUGCCGUAUCACAACAGCAGGGCCGGCUUUUACGGAAGUCAAACUAAAUACAAUCACUCCUAUGAGAAAUCCAUUUGUAUCUGUCACCUUGUGCGUGAAGAAGUCUUAAAAGACGUGUUUUUCUGGUUUUUUCAAACGACUCCCGCCAGGUGCCAGCACUGCAGCUCCGUCAAGAGUGUUUUUGUGAAUGAAUUCUCCCAAAAAUGCGCGAUUUGUUUAGGUGUAGGCACUAACGCAGGGAUUCCCACAAAUGUUGUCGU